AUGGUGAUCUGGCAGCUGGACACAAGUGAUGCCACCACUGCAUCAACAUCAGCAGUCACUUCAAGCGAUUCCCCCACUGCCUCAACAGUCACCUCAAGUGCCGACACAACUGCCUCGAUACGCACAUUAAAUUCAUCUGUGGCCACCAUUCUCUCUACUACUUCAAAAGUCACCUCAAGUUAUGCAACCAAUCCCUCAACUAUGUCUACAUUCUCUUCAAGUGACACCACAACUCCCUCAACUACAUCAACAGUCACAACAUUCAGAUCAAGUGAUGCCACCUCUCCCUCGACAUCAAAAUUCACUUCAACUGAUGCCACAUCUCACUCAACUACAUCAAAAGUCACUUCAGAUGAUACUACAUUAACACCCACUUCAAGUGAUACCACCACUCCCUUAAGAACAUCGACAGUCCCUUCAAGUGAUGCCACCUCUUCCUCAACAACAUCGACUUUAACUUCAAGUGAUGCCACCACUACUACAACGACAGUAACUUCAACUUUGGCCAACAUUCACUCAACUACAUCGACAGUCACUUCAAUAGAUUCAAGUGAUGCCACCGCUACUGCAUCAAUAUCAGCAGUCUCUUCAAGUGAUGCCACCACUCCCUCUACAUUCACUUCAAGCAAUCCCACCACUCCCUCAACAGUCACUUCAAGUGAUGCCACCUCUCACUCAACUACAUCGACAGUCACUUCAGACGAUACUACAUCAACAACCACUUCAAGUGUUGCCACCACUGCCUCAACAGUCACUUCAAUCACUUUAAGUGAUGCCACYACUCCCUCAACAGUCUCUUCAAGUGAUGGCACCACUCCCUCAACAGUCACUUCAAGUGAUUCCACAUCUCCCUCGACAUCAAUAUUCACUUCAAUCACUUCAACUGACGCUACCACUACAUUGACAAUCUCUUCAAGUGAUGCCUCCACUCCCUCAAUAUUAACAUUCACUUCAAGUGAUGCCACCUCUCCCUUGACAUCAACAGUCACUUCAAGUGAUGCCAUCUCUCCCUCGACUACAUCAACAAUCACUUCAAGUGAUGCUACCACUACAUCAACAGUCAGUUCAAUCUCUUCAAGUGAUGCCAACACUCUCUCAACAUCAACAGUAACUUCAAGUGAUGCAACCUCUCCCUCAACUACAUCUACAGUCAAGCCAAGUAAUGCCACCACUCCCUCGACAUCAACAGUCAGUUCAAGUGAUGCUACCACUACAUCGACAGUAUCUUCAAGUGAUGCCACCUCUCCCUCGACUUCAACAGUCACUUCAAGUAAUGCCACCUCUCCCUCGACAUCAACAGUCACUUCAAGUGAUCCCACCAAUACAUCAACAGUCACUUCAAGUGAUGCCACCUCUCCCUCAACUACAUUGACAGUCACGCCAAGUAAUGCCACCUCUAAGUCAACAUCAUCAGUCACUUCAAGUGAUGCUACCACUACAUUGACAGUCUCUUCAAGUGAUGCCUCCACUCCUUUGACAUCAACAGUUACUUCAAGUGAUGCCACCUUUUACUGGACAUCAACUUUCACUUCAAGUGAUGCCACCGCUUCCUCAACUACAUUAAUAGUCAUUCCAAGUGAUGGCACCUCUCCCUCUACAUCAACAGUCACUUCAAGUAGUGCCACCACUACAUCGACAGUCUCUUCAAGUGAUGGCACCACUCCCUCGACAUCAACAGUCUCUUCAAGUGAUGGCACCACUCCCUCGACAUCAACAGUCUCUCCAAGUGAUGCCACCUCUCCCUCGACUUCAACAGUCACUUCAAGUGAUGCUACCAGUAUAUUGACAGUCCCUUCAAGCGAUGCCACCACUACCUUGACAUUAACAGUCACUUCAAGAAAUGCCACCUCUCCCUCGACAUUAACAGUCAAUUCAAGUGCAUGCCACCACUGA